UCCCCCGAUCUUUGUGUCAUCUGCAAACUUUAUCAGUAAAGAUUUUGUUUUCUUCCAGGUCAUUGGUCAGUUUCUAAUAUGUGUGAAAGUUGCAUCCAAUUCUCCUGCUAUUUAUGUCAGUUUUCCCAUUGUAUUCCGUGAAAGCAAGAAAUGUGCUUUUCUCUCUUAUGAAAAAGCAUCGUCUGUGAGUUUUGGUUGGAUAUGUUAAUAAUGGAAGUAAUUACUACUAGUUGUAAACAGAUAGCUGUGGCUCAUAUUCCCCUGGUAUACAUAGUUAAAAUCUGUUUGAACAGGAUGUUUUCUAAACUGAGAACUUGAUCAGACUGAAAACACUGUGAGGAGGACACUUAAGUCACUCAUUUUGCACCAACUGUAGGUGAGAUAAUGUCAAAGGAAUGAAGUGUCCAGGCAUAUCUGAUCUGGUAACUGCAUGUUAUUUAAAUACUGGUGGUUGUUUCAGGCGAUAGUACCUGGAUGACCUUUUUCUGUGUCUGGCCUAUGGCCUCAGAAAGCUCAUUUCCUUUUUCCUUCAGUGUCAGACCACAGCUAAAGAAACUUUUCUUUCUUUUGUGGCUUAAGGGUGUACUGGAUGAUGCAAAGCUGUGUUUUCUUUGAUACUGAAGUGUCACCAUAGUCUUGUAGAGCCAGAGGGAAAAUGGAUUUUAGUUAUCACAGGAGGUGCCUUAAAAUAUGAGUGCAAAAAAGAUGGAGGACUACCCUAAACUAUUGGAAAACGGGGUAGGAUCCUUGAAGCUAAUAAUUCUCCCCAUUGUUUUUCAGAUCCAGUUCAGAGAGAAAGUACUAUGGACAGCUAUCACGUUAUUCAUUUUCUUAGUGUGCUGUCAGAUACCUUUGUUCGGAAUCAUGUCAUCAGACUCUGCAGAUCCUUUCUAUUGGAUGAGAGUCAUUCUUGCAUCAAACAGAGGGACUUUGAUGGAGUUGGGUAUCUCGCCCAUUGUGACAUCUGGUUUGAUCAUGCAGCUGUUAGCUGGUGCCAAGAUCAUUGAAGUUGGUGAUACACCGAAAGACAGAGCUCUUUUCAAUGGAGCCCAGAAAUUGUUUGGGAUGAUUAUAACCAUUGGGCAGGCCAUUGUGUACGUCAUGACUGGGAUGUAUGGAGAUCCUGCUGAAAUGGGUGCUGGAAUUUGUCUGCUUAUCAUAAUUCAGUUGUUUGUUGCUGGUUUGAUUGUGCUGCUGUUAGAUGAGCUGCUGCAGAAGGGUUACGGCUUGGGGUCUGGUAUUUCCCUCUUUAUUGCUACCAACAUCUGUGAAACCAUUGUCUGGAAGGCCUUUAGUCCCACUACCAUUAAUACCGGCAGAGGAACGGAGUUUGAGGGUGCGGUGAUUGCAUUAUUCCAUCUUCUGGCUACACGAACUGACAAAGUCCGUGCUUUGCGGGAGGCUUUCUACCGACAGAACUUGCCCAAUCUCAUGAAUCUGAUUGCUACAGUAUUUGUGUUUGCUGUGGUCAUAUAUUUUCAGGGAUUUCGUGUUGAUUUACCUAUCAAGUCUGCUCGAUACCGUGGACAAUACAGUAGCUAUCCCAUCAAGCUCUUCUAUACCUCCAACAUUCCCAUCAUUCUUCAGUCUGCCUUAGUUUCAAACCUCUAUGUCAUUUCCCAGAUGUUGUCUGUUCGGUUUAGUGGCAACUUCUUAGUAAACUUACUAGGACAGUGGGCAGAUGUCAGUGGUGGUGGCCCUGCUCGCUCUUACCCAGUUGGUGGUCUCUGCUAUUACCUGUCUCCCCCAGAAUCCAUGGGUGCUAUAUUUGAGGAUCCUGUCCAUGUAAUUGUUUACAUCAUUUUUAUGUUGGGAUCCUGUGCAUUCUUCUCCAAGACAUGGAUUGAGGUGUCUGGUUCAUCAGCAAAAGAUGUUGCUAAGCAACUGAAAGAACAGCAAAUGGUGAUGAGAGGCCACAGGGAUACAUCGAUGGUUCAUGAGCUUAAUAGGUACAUCCCUACAGCAGCUGCAUUUGGUGGCUUGUGCAUUGGUGCCCUCUCAGUAUUAGCAGACUUUCUUGGAGCCAUCGGAUCAGGCACUGGGAUCCUGCUUGCAGUCACCAUUAUUUAUCAGUAUUUUGAAAUAUUUGUAAAAGAACAGGCUGAAGUUGGAGGAGUGGGUGCUUUAUUUUUCUAAAUUUCCAAAUAUUUCAUGAUUUGCUUGAAAGGGAAAGUAUUUUGACAACAUGCCUCACUCGGUCCAAUAAUGCUGUCGUCUUUUUCUUUGUUUUCAAGUGCUAAGUCCCGUUACCAUAAUGGGCAUUGAGCAAUGCCUGUGUGCAGCAUCAGUACCAGCUGCCUUAAGAAUAAAGUUUACAUUAUCUUGUUUAACUAGAUCUAGUGUUGCCUGUAAUGCUGGAAAUCAGUGCAUCUACUUUGCUGUUCAGACACUACAGUGAGAUGGUAAAAUGUAAGAGUUUGAUUAGUAGUAAACAUUGUGCACACAGUGUUAAGAUCUUAAAUUGAUUUCCCCAUUUUUAGUCAAAAAAAAUAUCAGAGUGCAGAUUGCCACACGCCAGUAUUCUUGAGCUUAUUAAAUAAGUUCUUGACAGAAUUUGUAUGUAAUCUAUAUUUUACAUGAAUUACUUUUUAUACUUUUUUAACGUGCAUUUCCCCAUCAUUGUGCUUCAGUAUUCCCUAUUCAUUUGUGUUGUAUCCACUUGGACACCCAACUCCUAGCCAUGAGGGUGGACAAACGUUUUACCUGAGAUUGCUACUCAUCUCACCUGUGAAUUGGUUCUGCUGUGAGGGGUGCUGUAUGUGCAAGGUCCAGAGAGCACUUCCAUUCUCAGCCCUGGGCUUCCUGCAUGGUAGGUGCAGUCAUGCCACCAGGUGGCCUAUACCUUUUGUAUUUAACAGGUACUUGUGAAAACUGUGCCAUUAAAACUUCAUAUCCACUUUGCUUUUGUGAUUCUGAAGGACAGAGGCCUGCUUCCUAAAGCAGUGUUCAGAAUCGGGAGAUGGGGGAAAUGAGCAAUUCCUGUAGAAAAAUUAUUUAUUUUGUAGUUUACAACAGCAAUGUAACAAGUAUAAACAUUAGACAAUAAACUUAUUUAAUUAAA